AUGGCAUCUCGAGACUAUUCAGAAACCAAAAGUGAGCCUGAUGAUCUUACUCCUCAAAACAACUCAAAAGAAAAUUCAGCCGAAAAGUUUGAAAUUGAAGAAACAAGCCAAAUUACCGAGCUUGUAAGCUAUAGAUUCCCAUAUGGCAAAGUUAUUCUGACAAUUUCAUUAUUGAUCGCAAUCGUUUCAUUAAUUGUUAUAGGAAUUAUCGAGCAAGCAAAAGCAAAUUUUGUUGCAGUCGGCAUACCUUACUGAAUAAUAGCUUUUAUACUCACAGUGCCUUGAACUUUAUACUUUGUUAACCUGGUAAGAUUCUAUAGAGCUCAUCCACUUGAAAGAAACAGAAUUUUGAAUGAAAUUCCUGAUAUCUAA